AAUUUACCAUCGCUCCCCUCAGAACCACCGCCGACACCUCCGUGCAUGCCGCGCAAAUCGACAAAAGACAAUAAAAAUGCAGAAAAGUUGCCUCUCCGCGUUGUGUCUUGCGCCACGGGUUGGUUUGUGCGUUUCGGUGCAAAGCGGUGUGAUCAUUUUUCUCCCCCCCGAGCCAGGAGCUGCGUGCAUGAGUGCAGGCGGGAGCAUGCAGGAAUGCCGGGGCUGGGAUGUGAGUGACCCGGCAAUCUGGAGGUGCAGUCAUCAAGAACAGUCUUGGGGAAGAGUUCUAUAAGGAGGCCAUUGAACACUGUCGCAGCUACAAUGCCCGUCUGUGUGCUGAGCGCUCCAUGCGUCUCCCCUUCCUGGACUCCCAGACAGGCGUGGCCCAGAGCAACUGUUACAUCUGGAUGGAGAAAAACCACCGUGGACCAGGUCAUGCACCAGGUCAGUUAUACACAUAUCCCGCUCGGUGCUGGCGUAAGAAGAGGCGGUUAAAUAUCUUGGAGGAUCCACGGCUUGUACCGAUUGAGUUCAAAAUUGACUACGAGGCCUCCCUAAAGAAGGAGGGAGGUAUUCCCGAUGGCCCUGUGUUGGAGUCGCUGCUCGCUGGGGAUACGCUGGACAAGAAGGUUGAAACAAAAGAGGAAGAGCCUAUGAGUGAGUGUCAGAAAUUACUUGUUGGAGAUUUCUCUCAUGAACUGGAGGUGGACGAGAUGGAAGAAGAUGUUCCGAAGCGCAAGAACCGUACCAAAGCACGGGCCUACGGGGUUGGUGGCAUGCGAAAGCGGCAAGAGCCACCUACUAUAGAAGACAGAGACAAGCCUUAUGUCUGUGACAUAUGUGGAAAGCGCUACAAGAACCGCCCAGGGCUGAGUUACCAUUACACUCACACACAUCUCGCGGACGAAGAGGGCGAGGAAGACUCGGAGAGGCACACACUCCCCUUCCAGCGCAAAAACAACCACAAGCCCAAGAAAGCGGCGGACGGCUCGGUCAUCGCCAAUGGGUACUGCGACUUUUGCCUUGGAGGCUCAAAGAAGACUGGCUGCCCUGAGGACCUUAUUUCCUGUGCGGACUGUGGACGCUCAGGCCACCCGUCCUGUCUGCAGUUCACAGUGAACAUGACAGCUGCAGUGAGGACUUAUCGCUGGCAGUGCAUCGAGUGCAAGUCCUGCAGCCUGUGCGGCACCUCUGAGAAUGACGUGCAUCUCCAAGACACUCCUGCUGCGCCGGACCGCUCAGCUUGGCGGAGACCGGUUUGCCAACCACAUUGGCAAACACGCUCCGCGAGCCUUGCGCUGAUAAGAAAAUCAGGAUCUGCCGGCAUUUGCGCCACGGCGCAGGAUCAGCUGUUGUUUUGUGAUGAUUGUGACAGAGGCUACCACAUGUACUGUCUGAGCCCACCUAUGUCCGAACCUCCAGAAGGAAGCUGGAGCUGUCAUCUGUGUUUGAGACAACUAAAGGAGAAGGCCUCAGCCUACAUCACCCUCAAUUAAUCUGUAGAGCUAGCUUUGCGUGCCUCUCAUCCUUUUGGCCCUCCAUCCUGUCCCAAACAUUCCCUCCGUCUGUCUGUCCCUCGGCUGCCCUUUUCACGGAGUGCCGAUGCGCCUCAGCGUUCGAACCCUGCGACCUUUGACUUAGUGCGGGACCCCAGCGACUUCCAUCUGAACAGCUUCUGAGGAGAGCUAUGCCGUAACUUUGACCGUCCAUUUGUCAUUCACACCCCUCGGCUGUGAAUGGACGACACAAAACACAAUCACACACGCAUGCACACACACAGCGCACCCUUUUGUCCUCUGGUGCAGAAGAAUUCAUCAGCUGGCAAUAGGUUUGCUCACAAGACAUGCACUCCAGUCUGCCAAGGGCACUUUGGAGCAAUACUACUCCACUGGAGCCCCCUUAAGGGCCCACAGAAGAGCCCUAAUGAUCUUUGGCUGCAACUCAUUCAAGUAGUGAGUGAGAAUUAACAAGACGGAAAGGUGCAAAGCAGAGGACGCAGCUCGGAAGACCCCGGAUAGCAACGGGGGCAGUGACUUUUCGCUCAUAACAAAACUUUGGAAAAUGAACGUUUGGAAGUCUGACGCAAUGAACUGGUGUCAGAUCUUGCUGCCCUGAGCAUUUUUCAGUAAUUGUACAGAAUUCAGUAGUCAUUCUAAAAUUAAACUCUUGAAGACCAUUCGCCGUCAAGUGUGGAGCGCAAACCACCCUGUAUGGCUUCCUCAUGAAUGAUUUGGGAAUGGAUUCUGGAAGCUCACAACUAUCCACUUCAUAUUCACAUGUUGAGGAAGAGAGCGGAUCUUCUCAAAUCAGCGGUCUCUGACGAAACACUAUUUGGGGGGGAGGGGGGGGGGGCGUGAAAAGACUUUUUCAGCUUAGGAACUCUCCAAAAACCUUCCACUUCAGCGAGACAAUGACUGUGAAGCCAAUACAUCACCUCGUGCUUGCAUAUUGUCAGUGUGUUGAGAAUGUAGGACCGUUGUGUAGAUAACAAGAGUUUGUCUGGCCUCUUUUUAAUUCAGCAUUUUUAUUAUGAUUACUUUUCAUUCGGAUGUAAUUAUUUGGGUUGUUUGGGGAAAUGUUUUUAAUUGAAAUCGAGAUGAAAGCACACUUAAAUCGCAAUAAUGUCUUUGUGAUAAGAGCUGUUUUGACCAAAUUGGGCGCGUUUUAAAUGGUGUGUGUGUGUGUGUGUGUGUGUGUGUGUGUGUGUGUGUGUGUAUCCGAGUAGUGCAGUAGCUGUAGCCGCAACGGAUGGGAGAUUCUACAUGUGAGGCAAUGGCAGUUGAGUAUCGGUGAGGACAUUUGAAUGUGAGGAAAAGCAAGAUGAAAAAAAGUUUUUGUUGAAUUUACUCCCAUUUUAUUUGGUCAAGUGUUUGCACGAAAUAAAAUCUUCUGGAACCGCAUUUUUCAACGAGAUACUGUAUAUAAUCAACUUCAAUGCUUUAUGUGAAUGAAAUCUGGAUAAAAUAAUAUCUUCUGGAAGCAACACUUGAUGAAAUAAAAUGGACUAAAUUCAACACACCAUUUUGCUGUUCAAGCAGUUUUCAGCAGUGAUGCAAGUAAGACGCACUCAAGUGGUACAUAUGUGCAAAACCAAAUUCAAAUGACUGAAUCUUGGAGUUUUCACUGUGACACACAUUUUUGACCAGGCAUUCCACGACACCAAUUCUGUGAUACGCCCUGAUUAUUCUUAGUUUUUUAAUUUACUCAAUUUUAAUGCGCCAAGUGAUUGCACAAAAUAAAAUCAUCUGGGACCAGAAACAUGUUUUAAGUUAAGACAAUACAACUAAGUACUUUAAAAAAUAUACCUGGAUCCAGAUUAUUUUAUUUUGUGCAACCACUUGACAAAAUAAAAUUCAGUUAAUUCAAGAUGUCUUUUUUU